AUGCCGCCGCCGGCUGGCCACGCCGCAUCGCCCGCCGCCGCCACCGGCACCGCCGCCGCCACCAGCGCCGCGGCCACUCGCCGGCUACAAUGGGCCCCCCCGGGCCACGCCAGCCCUGCUGCCUCUGUCAGUCAGCCCUGGCCCUGCUCCCGGGCACUGCUGAAGAUGGAGGUCCCCAGGCUGCUCCAGGUCAUGCUGCUGGCAGGAGCCCAGAGCCCCAGCCCCAGCUCAGCUCCCUGCCCACCCACAGCCACAGCCCUGGGGGGGUCCUGGGCCACCCUCCCUGACCACCAGGUCCUCCCUGACCACCACAUCUCCUCCGAGGCUGGAGCCAUCUUCGUCCAUGAGCUGGAGCCAGAGCUGUUCCAGGAGACCUUCCUCAAUGGCCAUGAGGAUGAUGAGGCCGCGCCCAUCACCUUCCGCGCCCACCUCCGGGGCCGCCCGGACCUGCCGCGAUGGCUGCGCUUGGCCCAGCGCCACCCGCACCAGCCAGGCUACCUCUAUGGCUGCCCCACGCCCGCCGAGGUGGGCACCCAGCACAUCGAGGUGCUGGCCUACAACAGGCACACCUACCAGACGGCGGCACAGCUCCUCACCAUCACCGUCAUCCCCGCCCCAGGUGGGGAGCCGCCGUACCAGGGGGAGUUCCUGGUGGGCAACAGGAACGUGGAGGAGAUGCUGCCAGCGGAGGCGCAGGAGAUGUUCCUGGCGGCCGCGGCGGCAGCCUGGGAGCAGGACGAGCUCCACAUCAUCAACAUCAGCUCUGCCCUGCACCGCGGCGCCCGAGUGCCGCUGCCCAUCGAGGGCCGCAGGGAGGGGGUGUACGUGAAGCUGGGCUCCCACGGAGCCUUCUCACCCUGCCUGGCAUCGGCCACCUCACCCCAGAGCCGCUUCCGCUGCAGCCUGGGACAGCAGCCCCUGGCCCACUGCUACGACACCUUCGCCCCCCACUUCUCCAUCCAUUGGUGCAACCUCACCCUGCUGCAGCUCAGGCCCAGCCCCACGGUGCCAGGGCCAAGGUGGGGCUCUGGGGUGCUGGAGGACGGUGGCGACUUCCAGCCCCCCAGCGAGGCGCCCCCCCAGGACCUGCUGCCUGGCUUCCUGGUGACGCUGCUGGUGCCGCUGCUGGUGGCAGCGCUGCUGUGCCUGCUCCUGGGCUACCUCAUGUGCUGCCGCCGGGAGGGAGUGCAAAAACGGAACUUGGAGACGUCUGACAUCCAGCUGUUCCACCACAGCACGAUCCAGGGCGACUCGGCGGAGCUGCGGCAGAUGGCUGGCAGCAGGGACGUGCCGCGCCCGCGCUCCACCCUGCCCAUGUUCAGCGUCCGCACCGGGCAGCGCAUCAACCCCGUGCCCAGCCCCCGCGACGGUGCCCGCCGGCCCCUCCUGCCGCAGUGAGCCCGGGGGCUGCUGGCACCCGGGGUGGCACCAGGAAGUGGAGGAGGCGUGGG